AUGUCCGGGAGCGAGACACUACCGCUUUUCAAUCCCACGGCCAGCGACCCGACCGGCACCAACAUGGCUCCCAACACGAAGAAAAACGUCGCAGAGUGCAUCUCUGAUGAUGCUCUUGUCCAUCUCAAGACGUACAAGUACUCCAGCGUCGAUCUGUCGCCCGUGUCGAAAUACAUCCUCGGCCCCUUUUGGAACGCCUCCGUGAACCUCCUCCCACUAUGGAUCGCUCCCAACAUGGUCACCCUCGUGGGUUUCUGCUUCAUUCUGGGAAAUGUCGCCCUGGCCCAGAUUUUCAUGCCAGACUUGGUUGGACCGGGUCCCUCAUGGAUUUACUUCAGCUUCGCUUUUGGUCUCUUCAUGUACCAGACUAUGGAUAACCUUGACGGCAAGCAGGCGCGACGAACAGGAACCUCGAGCGGCCUCGGCGAGCUCUUCGACCACGGAAUCGAUUCCCUCAACUGCACCCUCGCCAGUCUGCUCGAGACGGCCGCCAUGGGUCUGGGCACUUCGCCAGCUGGCAUCUUCACCGCGCUGUGCCCCUGCCUCCCCAUGUUCUUCUCGACCUGGGAGACGUACCACACGCACACCCUCUACCUCGGCGUCAUCAACGGUCCCACCGAAGGUAUCCUCAUCGCUUGCGCCAUCAUGAUCAUGUCUGGUAUCUGGGGCCCUCAGAUCUGGACUCAGCCUCUGCGACUCGGUCUGAACGGCAGCCUCCCCGGCCUUGCUGACCUUUUGGGCGAGACUACCUUCCGAGACAUCUGGAUUGGUCUCAUUGUCAGCUCGCUCGUCUUUACCCAGAUUCCUUUCUGCGUCCUCAACGUUGUCAAGGCCCGCCGCGCCAACGGCCUCCCCGUCUUGUCCGUCUUCCUCGAGUGGAUUCCCAUGGCCGUCUACACCAUCUCGAUUGCGCUCUGGGUCUUUUCUCCGUACAGCACGCUCAUGAAGAACAACCACCUUGUCCUCUUCUGCUUCACCAUGGCGUUCGUCUUUGGCCGCCUCACCACCAAGAUGAUCCUCGCCCACCUGACGCGCCAGCCCUUCCCCUACUGGACCGUUAUGUUGUACCCUCUCGUCGGCGGUGCGAUCAUCGGAAACCUUCCCCGAAUUGGACUUCCCCAAAUUAGCGUCGAGCUGGAACUCUACUACCUGUGGGCCUACCUUGCCUUUUCCAUGGUCGUCUAUUUCCGCUGGGCCUGGCUCGUGGUGACGAGCAUCUGCAACUACCUGGGCAUCAACGCCCUCACCAUCCCCAAGGAGAAGCAGAUUGCCAACAAGCUUGCCCGCGAUGCCACCAAGCUGCAUUAG